AUGAAGUCUGACAAAUUAUUAGAAUGUAUUUGGUUAAUGAGAUAUUUAAAGGAUAACAACUUAUGGAACAAUUGCCCGAUUUUUGUUAGUGCUAAAUUGGAUAAAAUUCCUAAAAGUGAAAAUUUUUUAAUGAUAAAUUUCGGAAAAAUAAGUUGUGAAAUAAUGUCUACACUAAGUAAACAACAGUUAUUGUUAGACAAAGCUAUUGAAACUACUGCUGCCAAUACUUUUGAAAUAAACUUGUUAAAAUCUAAAUUUAAUUUAAAUAAUGAAUGUAAAGUCGUUGAACGUGAAAAAACACAACAAACAGCUUUAAAUAAUAUUAAUUUAAAAGAUGAAAACAAAAAUGUUGAUUUUGAAAGAACACAGCAAGCAAUUUUGAAUAAACCUCUCUGGUCUGAAAUUCUUAAGUCGCCGAGAACUGAAAACGAGGAAUCAUUUACAACUGCUAACCACAAUAAACCCAGGAGUUUCAUUUUUGGCAAUAACACGAAGGACGGUGGUAAUAUGCCUCUCUUAGCAGCGACCAAAUAUGACGUACCCACAAAAAAACCACGAGUGAAAAUUAUUGGCAAAAAAGUAUUUUGUCUCAGUAACAUCAAAAGUUACCAUAAAAAUGAUGUCGUUGACUACCUGUCUUCCAAUGGUAUUAACGUUAUAUCCUGUUUUCCUGUGCAAAAAUCAGUCAACAAGAAUUCAUCAGUUUCAGCAAAUUCGAACGAAGGCGACAAUUUAAAUAAUCACAAGUCUGUUGAAAAUAGAGAAGAAAAAGAAGCAACAACUUUUAGAGUUUGCAUUGCCAGCUCAGAUGCAGAGAAGAUAAAGGAUCCUGAAAUCAUGCCAGAGCAUGUAAUAGUUCGUGAAUGGCAAUUUGAUAAGAAAAGGGAAAUUUUUCGUGAAAAAACUAACCUUAAUGAAAAAAACUUGUACAGUAUUGGGUUCUGUCAAAACAUUAGUAACUAA